GUACUUCUGCAUUUAGGAUGAAAACGCUAACUGUGCCGCUCUUCGUAUUUACACACCUCCAAGUUACAGGAAACUGAAAGCGUUUCCUCCAUUUGGCAGUGAAAUGUUUUAGAAGAACAAUGAAUACCAAGGGCAGUGCUAUAGGUUUAUUCUUCUGUUUCUUCACUCUAUUCAUUUUUGGAGAUUGUAGCGAAUGCACGAAAAAAUUAUUAGAAGGGGAGACUCUCAGGUUCGAACUGACUGACCGGGCACUUAAGGAGGAUGAUCGAUUCGCUAUUAAAAAAAAUAAUGCAUUUUUAGUUCAGAGAAAAAACAAGAUACAAACGGGACCAGGGACAGUGAACAUUAAUGGCCUGGACUUCCAGAAUGUAAAACUGACUGAUGCUGGAAAAUACGAUGUUCAAGUUUUUGAUGUGGAUGGCACCAGUUUAAAAUCAUACUCAGAAACUGUUUGUGUUUAUGCAAAAGUCCCAAAGCCAAUAUUGAAAAAGACAUGUCAGAAAGAAAAUGUUGACUUCAGCUGUAUUGUUAAUGGUAGCAAAGAUGUGAAUUACAGCUGGCAGAAAAAUGGAAAUUACUUAACACAUGAUAAAGUGAACUUGACCAAUGUUGAAGCAAACAAGUCAAAGUACACAUGUACUGUCCGCAAUGAACUUCAUAACACCACAAGUGAUCCAGUGGAAGCAACAUGUUACACUACACUUUUUGGCUUUGACUUUUGGAUCAUGGUGAGCAUCUUAGCUGGUGGAGGAGGUCUUGUACUGUUAUUGACAAUUGUACUGGUGACCGUUGCCUGCCGUUCCUGCAAACGCAAAGAGAAACAACUGCGAGAUGAGGAAGAGUUCAGACUAAACUACCUCAACACCGCACCAUCUAACGGUCAACAGAAAUCAAAGUCAACAGCAAGGGGUCAGCCGGCACCACCGGAACCCUACGAUAAUGUUUCUGCUCACGAUGUCCCCUGUGAGACUGAAUCUAAACCUAAAAAACAGCACCGCGCUCGGCCUCCACCACCUCCAGAAGAGGAUGAGGAAGAACCACCUCCACCAUUACCCCAACCUAGGAAGGUCAAAAAGCGUGAAGCAUAAUGGGAUAGAGGAGUGAGAACACCAGUCAGGUGAAAUGAUCUAAUUACUGUAUAUGUAUAUAUAAAGUAUAUAUAUCUGUAUGAAUAAAUACAUAUGUAGGAAAUAUGAGCUGGGCAUGUGGUACAUAUUUUAGGGAAAUAAAUAUAUUAUAGUAAUAUUCUUUACAAAUAAAUAAAGAAAAGAAACUUAAAUCUUUAUUAGUGAUAAGAAACAACUGUUUUUAGUAGGAUAUAGAAUUUGGCUCUGAUAAUAAAACAGUGUGUAUUUACUGAAAGUGUAGUGCCUGAUUUUGCAGAAAUAUGUAAUAAAAUAGACAACCAAACAAAAAAUAAAAUAAAAUCACCUUUUUUAUGUUUAAGAAACCACAAACCUUAGCGCGCCCAUCGAAAUACAGCAUCAUAAGAGAUCAAGCCAUGAUGAUGUUUUUUUACAUCUCAUCUAAUGCAAAGUUUUGUUUCGAAUUUACCCAAAACCCACAAUAGACAGAUUGCAGCUAGCCAAGAUGCUGCAGUCAAGAGUAUCAACACAUACAAUGAAAAGCAAAGAACAACCUGCACAUCUUUCAGCAUGUUUGCACUGGCUGUCUAUUUCUUUUGCAAUUGAUUUAAAGUUUUUUUUUUUUUUUCCUCUGGCUUAUAAAGUCUUCGGUAGAAUACAUAAACACUCUAUUCCAAUUUGGGUUUUAAGGUCACAUACUGCCUUGUUACAUACAGUACUCGAGUAAAAAAGGGGGGAUGGGGAGAAGGCGGCAACACCUGAAGCUGGUUUCCAUCACUGUGCAACAAUGAUGUGUCUAACUAAACAGCAUGAAUAUCCAGCAGAUGUAUAUAAUGAACUAUUUAAAAAGUAGGUAAUAUAAUUAGAAUUUUAAUUGCAUUGUUCAUUCUUUAUUUUUUUUCCCUCUCUAUUUAUAAUCAUAUGUAAAUGUCCUCCUGUUUACUGCUUUUAUGAUGUUUUCCAUUAUUAUUGUUAUUAUACAGUAAUUCUUUUUAUAAAACCAUAACCACUUAAUUAAAACCAUAUAAUUGGCCCUGAUUUACACAUCUUACUUUAAAUAGUGUUUUCACUGAUUCAGUCUGUUAUAUACAUAAAUGUAACUAAAUGUAACCCACUUGGCCUACCACGUGAUUUUAAAAGCCACUGCAUGACACCUAGUCAGCUUUUUUUUCUUAUCACCGUCUGCUCACUUCCUGUGUGUAGGAGAUAUAUGUAGCUGCAGGAACCCUUUUUUUUUCACAUAACACUUUUUAACAACACGUAGAGGUAUGUCAGUAAAGCCAUUUUAAAGACUUUGAAAAAGGUUUGUGUUUGUGUAUUUCUAGACUAUUUACUUAUAUUGAUUAUUUUAUCUAUAAUAGAUGAAUUUGCAUCCCUGUCAUCACUGUAGCACAGCGAGUCAUUUAAAUGUGGCAUUGUGAAAAACUAUUACAUAUAUAGUACACUGAUCAGCCAUAACAAUAACACCACCGCGAGGUGAAUUGAAUAACACUGAUUUAAAAAAAAAACUAGCCCAUCUGGUCUGAUCCCACACUAAAGCCAAUGCAGCACAAAUUGAAGAAAAAAGUCAAUGCUGGCACCCACCACAGCACGCCAUGCACGGGGCCUAGUAGGCAAAAUGAGCUACCCCUGAGGCAUAGGGGGAUUUGAAAACUUAGGUUUUUUUUUUUUUUUUAAUAGUAAUGGUUUUAAUGUUAUGGCUGAUCAGUCUAUUCUAUUGUGACCCUUUAAUUGGAAUUUAGAUAUUGCUUUUGCAUUUUACAAGACCUUGUGAAAUCAAAAUACCUGAUUAUAUAAAUAAAUGUAUAAAUAGAGAGGAA